CCCGAGAUUCCCAUUCCCAAUCCUGCACUCCCCGCUCGCCGCCGCCGUCCUCGCCUCCUCGGGGCGGGCGUUCGUUCGUGGGGCGACGCUCGGUGCUCCGACGUCCCGAACGGGCCCCCUGUAAAUAACACAGAUUCGUAGUUGUCGGCGGAGAAGCCUCGAGAGCUUCUUCGCCUUCCAGUAGCGGACAGGCGAGUCGCAUGGAGAGGUGGCAGCAGUCGUCGGCCGGUAGCUUAGCUGUCUAGGUUAUUAGUAGAUCUGUAGGAGUUUGCCGGUGGAGUUAGCAGCGUCUCCAGACUGUGUCUUCUUCCUCCGGGUCGAUGAUGUGCCCGAGGUUUUGGUGGCAGGAGCCAUGUUUUUCGUUGUAGAUUUUUUGUGUACCAGGUUCCUGUUUUGUAUUAUGCAUAUAUGCCAUGCUUGAUCUAAUAUAAUAAGUCACCCCUUCUCAAAAGAAAAAGGAAGAAAAAUCACAAAUUCAGAUGAGGUCUUUAUUUUCUUUUUUUAUUAUUAAAUAAAAAAACUUUCAGGUGCCCAGGUGCCAACCUUGACUGCAUCUCGACGCUUGGCAUGCCCUCCAAUUUGUAACGUCGUGUGCUUUGUUUUAGAGAUGAAUCACAGUCAAGGCUCUAGAAUUGUUCGUGGCAGGGGUAGAAAUAAAAGGAUGUGGACAGCAGAUGAAGACGACGAGCUUGUCAAAGCCUUGUGUGAGGUAUCUGCUGAUCCUAGAUAUAAGGUUGAAGGAGGGGCCUUCAAGAACUGUUAUUCUCAAGGCAUAGAGAACAUUCUUGCACAGAAGCUACCUGGCCGUGGUAUUAAAGCCAGCCCUCAUGUCGAUUCUCGGUUGAAAGUGAUGAAGCGGAAGUAUUAUUCAAUCAAGGAUAUGUUAUCAUUGCCAGGCUUCUCUUGGGAUGACACAAGAAAGAUGAUCCAAUGUGAAAAACAACGAUAUGAUGAAUAUUGCAGAGACCAUCCUAGAGCCAAGGGUCUGUAUGGUGUUCCAUUUGUAUAUUUUGAUACAUUUGAUGCAAUAUAUGGCAAGGACAGAUCUGCUGGAGAAGGGUUGGAAGGGUCUGAAGAUGCAAUUGCUAACAUGGAGAAUGAAAUUACAAACGAAGUUGGAGAUGACGAAGUGGAAGAGGACAGGGUGUCCACAGGAAUAUCUGGUCGCUCCUUGCCCGCAACAUUAAGCUCUAAGAGUCAGAAGAAAUACACGCAUGACGGGAAAAGGAAUAGGACUGAAUCAAAUUGCCCAUCUCUGGACAAAUUCAAGGAUGUACAUGUUCAGUUUCAGAAUGCCAUUCAGCAUGCCAGCACGAUGGCUGCUGCAAUGGAGCUGUUCAAGGAUGUACAUGAUCGCUUUCAAAGUGUCGUUCAGCAUGCUGGUGCGAUGGCAGCAGCAAUGGAGUUGUUCAAUGAUGCACACACUCGUUUUCAGAGUGUUGUUCAGCAUGUCAACACCUCGACAACAGUAAUUGAACAGUUCAAGGACGCUCUUGACCAUUUUCAAAGUAUUACGCAGAAUGGCAAGGUGAUAGCAGCUGUGGAGUAUGAUACUGAAAUGCAAGAGAAGUCAAUGUGUGAAGAGCCCCAGAGGAAGGCCAAAGUAACAGCCAUCGCUGAAGUACUGAAGCUUGGGUUUAGUGGAACUGAAGUGGUAACCACCGCAAGCAUUUUCGCAAAGGAACCAAACCAAAUGGACAUGUUUCUAGCACUGCCAGAAAUCUAUAAGAAGGAUUACAUACUCCAGAUGCUCAGUGGUGCGCAAUGCAUCCAAUACUCAGCCGGUUAGUUUAUAUUCAGCGGGUUAGUAGUCAGCUAGAUAUUUGUAAACAGUUAGUAGUGCCGCCCACCCGUUUCUUGUUAAAUAUCUGAUGUAGUCUGUGAGACUGAGCAUGGGUUAGGAUUAUUUUCACUCUCUUAGUGAUGUGGUCCUUUCCAAGUGUAAUGUGUUUUUGAUUUUGGUUCUGGUGUAUCUGCCGCAUGUGCAAGAUUGUUCUAUCUAGCGUUUUAGUGAUGCAAGAAUUAUUUGUUACUUGUGUUUAAUUAGGAAUAGUAACUUGACUCUUUCCUUCCCUCGAA